GCUGUGACGGUUCCCGGCUUAGUCUCUUGAGUUAAGUAUCCAAAACACAGUUUGUUUCUGGUGUAGAGGGAAACCUUUUCUGCUUUUGAAUAUAAAUGAGGGGAGAUGGCUGAACUGAAGAAUGGUAGCUGCACAACAAAGGGAUAUACCCCAAAGUUACCUGUCUCCAAAACUGCAAGAGGUAGGCAGAGGUGGCUGUUGAUCUGGGAUUGUGCUGCUAAGUGUUUUCAAUUUUCGAUAUUGAAAUUUGGCUUGAAUUUUAAAAUAAAUCAAAAUUGGAGUUGAUUAUAAAAAAAGAGCAGAAAUAACCAAAUUAAUCAAUCAAUACACAUUGUCUGUUAUAACAAGGGGGAAGGAGGAUUGAAUGUCCUUGCAAUCAAUAUUAUUCCAAAAUCUUUAGUCUUUUCCCCCCCUUUUAUGGUGUUAUCAACUUGCUAUGUUUAAUAUUUUUCAUAUUGUGUUCCCCCUCUAAAACCUCCCAAACUAACAAAAAUCAGCUUGGGGAAUGCAUGAACUUGGAUUAUUUUUAGGGUUGCCAUAUUUCAAAAAGUAAAAACCAGGACACACCGAAUGUUGUGGACAAACCACAAAGUGGUUUUACAAAAACUCCCCCAAAGAGUGAUUUUUCUUGCCUAAGAUCCAGGACAAAGCACCGCCUUUUGGAAAUCCCACCCCCACCCGGACAUCAAUUCUGCCUUUGAAAUCUCAGUAAUGUCCAGGAAAUUCUGGGCGGAGGACAGCCCUAAUUAUUUUGAAAGGAGGCAACCUGUGUAGCUGUAAGAACUUGAGAUGCGAUCCAUAGAGCUUGGUCCAAAUUACCGGUAAUAACCCAGCAGCUGAGUUUUGCACUAUCUGUUGUUCCUGGAAAACCUUCAAAGGCAGAUGCACCUUCAGUACAUUGCAGUAUUCAAAUCUGGAACUCUGUAUAGUUUUGUCUUAACCCACCCUAAUCAUUUACCAAAAUCCCUGCAAGCAAUUAUCCCAUUCAAAACAACACUAUUUGCCUUGCUGAGUAUUUGUAUGUAAGGCACAUACUUGGAAGUGUUCUAAAAAUAACACUAAUUAUCAGGCUUUCAUGAAUCAGGAAGGUACAGUCGAUAAAUUAUUACUUGUUAUAAGUUUGAUUUUUUUAUUUAAAAAGAUUAUAUAUAGACCAAUAAAUGACGAGCUCUUUCAGAGAUUAGAUCCCAUUCCUUCUGAGCUCUGAUAAGUGACUGUCUUCCUCUGCGACAUCAGAGAUGGUCCCAAGUAAAUAAUGAUGGGUCAAUCAAUCAGCUGGAUGGAUGCUAAAGGACCACAACAGCUACUUCUCUUUCAGAGACUUGAUGAAUGGUUGCAUUCAUGCCCAACCAUCACUUAAAUUUAUAGUAGGGAAGAAUUUUUUCCCUCUGGCUAGACUGCCUGGCAACUCUGGUGUUUAUUUUUGUGGGAAGAAAAAUAGAUACAGAUCACCCAUGUGGGGGUAAUUAAUAAAAGAGUGUGCUGGACGCCUACCAUCCAGAAAUGCAGGGCAAGCAAACUCCAGUAAGAAAAAGCCCCAGCAGCAGAGUUUUAAAGUCACAAAAGCAAACAGCAUGGGAAUAUAGGCUGUUAAACCUUUUAAACAUCCCAUCCUGAGUCUCUACCAGCACUUCCCUGUUUUUAACCCUCUUGCAAUGAACAGAUCACAACGCUAGUCAGUUCAAACACUUUACUUACAAAACUUACAAAAAUGUCAGAUUCAUGCAUUUAUCUAUGCAGCAGCAAGUAAACACAGUUUAAAAUCUUGGGAUACAAGACUUCCGGGGUGGUGCCAUCGGUAAUGGCGGACUCCCUCUGAACUGGAGGGACCAGCUCCGCAUGAAACGGGUCUUUUCCGCUACGGCGAAGCGGGGACCCUUCUGGAAAUCACAGGCGGAUGAAGCCUGUGACCGUGGGACUCGGUGGGCACCCUUAGCGCCCCCCCAACCCACAAAGGAACCCACUAACGGGCUCCGAAGCGAAGAGGGGGAAGUGGCGCGGUGCUGUGAGUCAAUUGCUUUUUCUGCGGAGCGAAGCCGCAUAGCCGUUGCCGGAGAGCGCUGCCUUUUUCCUGGGACAAUUUGGCAUCUAAAAUAACCACCCGUGAGUACUGGAACAUUGAACAUUUGGACUUUAAAUAAGAACUGGCGAAAUAGAAAGGAAUUUGGACUUUAAAAUUUACCUUAAUUUGGUACUGAAACGGUAAGGUCUAAACAGGAAGUAGCCAGAAUAAAGCAAAGACAACAUAAACUAGAGCUUUAAAAAUCACUUUCAAAGGAUUGGUUUUCAUCGUUUAAAAUCGCUGAACCCCCCUUCGGCAGCAGGAGAAGAAGGGGGAUCUUUUUUGGGCUGUUUAAACCUGCAGAAGUGAGUUUAAAGCAAAGUAAUUUUCCACCGUCCUGAUCCUGGAGCGGGGUUUCAGAAUUGACGUUUGAAGCUCAUUGACCAGAAACAAAUGUUAUUGACAGAUAAUUAAAAGAAGAGAAACAUAGUGAUUCCAUUGUUUCCUUUCGCAUUUUAAAAAGAACAAAUAUGGACAAAAUACCUUAAAAAAGAAACUUUGUUGCUAUUGUUUUUAAAAGAAAGAACAAUCAGAAGAUUUCCCCCUAGAGGGGGACUGUGAAAUUGUAACUAAUUCCUGGGAGCUUGCAGCUGCCACAGAUUACAACCGUGGGAAAGGAUUUGUGACCUUGCAGGACAAUGUCUUCAGAAGCACUGUUGGGUGCUCUCUGCAAAAUAAAUGCCCUAUUGGAUCAGUUAAGCCAGAAGACGGAUUUGAUGACUAAUGCUGCCAGAACCUUUGAACAGGUAGUGGGAAAUUAUAUGGAGCCCACCCAGGAGCUAAAACAGGAGUGUGCCAUGACAGAACAGCUGAGAGAAGAGGAUGCUGCUGAAUCUUGGGCGCCAGAGACGGGGGAGCUGCGGCCCAGCAGGAACAUAAAUUUUUGGAUUUGACAAAUGAACUUGGAAAAAACCAGACUUGGAAAGAUAAAGUUUGGUUUGGUUUGGAAAUGGGGGGUUGGACAGACCCCCCUAUACAGGAGAUUUGGACUUUUCGAGUCUGGCAAUGGGCCGUCAGAUGUUUGGAGCUGUGGGGGCUCUCAAUUUUGGAGGGAAUCUGAAACAUGUUUUUAAAUACCACAUAGAGUCUAGUCUGGACUAUGGAAAAGGAUUAAUUUACUUUCUUGGGAUAUUUUUUGUAAUCCAUUUGUCUUCAGAAAUCGGUCUAUAUCCAUUUCCUUCUGUGGCCCUUGUGUAUAUAGUUGUUUAAAAUGCCUCUGGAAACAAUUUCUAAUUGUUGGGUUAUGUAUAUUCUUUCCUUCCACUUCUAAAUUUGUAAUAGUAUUUAGUUUUUGUCUUUUUUUUCAUUUGCCAGGCCAGCAAUUUCCCACAUUUGUUGGCUGAUUCAAAUUUUUUUGUCUCAUUUGUUUAAUUUUCCAUUCUAUUUCUUGAUUCAUCAUUUCCAUAUAUUGUACUUGGUAUAACUUUAUUUCUCUUGGACUAUGGAAAAGGGGCUGAUUUGUUGAAAAGGGUCAAAAAUAUUACCAAGCUGGAGUUCCCACGAAUGAAAGGAAAAUAUGAAGAAGAGCUGCGGAAAGGACAUGGAAGAGACUUGAGGGCUUCAGAUAUAAGAUUACCAGGUUAAUGUGCUAGAUUAAUAGGAUAAAAAGGACUGACAAAACCCGGGACCAGGAGGAAGGGACGCUGGAUAAAGAUUGGAUUGUUUAUUUCUUUUUAUUAUUAUUAUCAUUAGGAUUGUUCUAUAAAAUUGAUGAAUGCUAGAAAAAUGUUGAAAUGAAAUUACUUGGCUCUUGUAAAAAUGUCUAAAGAAUUUGGUAAGAAUGUUAUGGUUAGGAGAAGUUGGUAAAAAUAAGAUUUAAGUUUUAAACUUUAAGGUUUUCUAUAAGAUGAAAAUAGAUUAAGGUAAUGUAAUGACAGAAUACUAUGAAUUAUGGAAAGGAUUUGCUGCGAUUAUUAUUAAUCAGGAUACAAGAAAAGGGAGGAGGAGGAGGUCAAAGAAAGAAGGUAUUGAAAGGGGAGAAUUUGAGAAUGAUGGUUUUUGUUUUUGUUUUAUUUUUCUGUUUUGUCUUUUUUGUGUGUAAUUUAAAAAAAAAAAAUUUCCAAUAAAUAUCAUUUUUUUAAAAAAAUGAAAUCUUGGGAUACAAAAUAUAGUGAGAUAGCUCUAAGCAUAUGGCCUGAGCUUAUAGUGAGCAAGCUCAGGUAUGUCCUAUCUCAGUGAGUUCACAUGGUGAGGAAAAAGGACGAACAAAAGAGGAAACAAGAGAUGAGGGGCCUAACGUAGCUGAGUCUAUGAAUACAAUUCUGUGGUCUUAACCCCUUCAUGCAUUAACUAGCCCUAAGCUUGCUUGUUAUAUUGACUACAAUUUCCCACAAUUUUUACCAGUGACUUGGAUAUAUCUGGGUUUCACCACCUGGCCUUCCCUCCCCCCCAAAAACCCCCAAACUUCUGCUUUGUAUUUAAGGCAGACCAAAGGAUUUAUUACUAUAAAGCAAAACUGGUGGAAUUUAUUUCACCUGCCAACAGAAGGACAACAAGGAGGGAGCCAGUCUAGCUUCUCCAGGAAGGAAGUUCCAGGGUCUGGAAGCAGCUACCAAACUGCCUGUGAGGGUGUUUGGACUGAGAGAAGGGCCUCCCCUGUAGAUCUCAAAACCCAGACAGGUUUGUAUGAGGGAGUGCCGUCUUUCUGAAAGCUUGGACCUAAGCCGUAUAGGGCUUUAAAGGUCAUAACCGGUACUUUGAAUUGUGCCGAGAAACAGACCAAUAGCCAGUGGAACUGUUGUAACAAGAGAAGUCAUAUGCUCUCUAUAACCAUCCCCAGUCAGCAGUCUGGCUUCUCUGAGCCAGUUGAAGUUUCUGAGCACUUUUCAAAGGCAGCCCCACAGAGAGCAUAUUACAGGAAUCCAAAUAGGAUGUAGCUAAGGUGUUUGUCACUGUGUCAAAUAAAUAAAUAAAUCCAAAGUGUUACAUUUUAUGGAGAAAGCACUGAUGCUCAAAGUUUAAUGUGCUUUGUACUUAUCCAGACAAUCUUGGGAAUAUUAUUGGGAUUUGAUUUUUCUCAGGAAGCUUAAUAGGACUCAUUACAUGCUUAUAAUUACAUAUACAUAUAAGUGCAAAUUUGGAUCGGGAUCUUCAUUAGCGGUUAUUGUAAAGUUAUUCUUCCUGUUGUUUUUGAUCCUUUGCCAUUACUUUCAGUUCAACAUAACUUUGGUUUCUUUAAAAUGGUCAGGUCUCCUGUCAAAAUUGCCUUUCUAAGCUUAGGUAUAUAAGUGUGUGUGUGUGUGUGUGUGUGUGUGUGUGUGUAUACAUGCUGCAUAUGUCAGUGUACGUACAUACACUGCUUAAAAAAUGUUUUUAACUUUCAAAACUUUAUUAUGCAGUUAAAUUAAUAACAACCCAGUAAGGAAAGUAACCCCAAGUCAUGUCUCUUAUUAUUUUUUUGUUGAGUCGAAUAUGGACUUUCUUUCUGUAUCAGGUCGGUUUUUGUUGCAACAUCUAAUUCACUCCGUGGUCUCUUGAGAAUGUUCUUUAUUUUAUGUGGUAGUGGCUGUGAACCCUGCGGGGGUUCCCCCCUUCUUUUUUAGUUAUUUUAUUUCACACUUCUUCCUGCUUUCAAGAUCUGAGAUGCAGCUAGCAAAGAGAUAAGUGCUUGAUAGUGACUUGUAACCUGAAGCCAGAGUGUCACUUUCCAAUCACAAGGCUCUCAAGUUGGGACAUGAAUUCCAUUGAACGGAGAUUAAUACCAGCUGUCAAAAAUAUGCCAUAAAUGAGGGCCCCAGUCCCUGCAAAUGUGCUUUGGUUUCACUGAACAGCACUGUGCAAGAAAAAAUCCAAGUGAUUUUCUUCCCGUAGUGAAAAUACAAGAUUUACAAUACAAUAGAAAGCAUACACAGAACAACUGCAUAUAUAUAUAUAUAUAUAUAUAUAUAUAUAUAUAUAGUGAAGCAUUUUCAUAUAUAAAACAAUUAUAUAUGUAAAACAAUUGUAAAACGACAACGCAUGUAGAAUCAAUUCACAUCCAUCACAGAUACAGAUAAAAGUCUCCGCUUAGGAUUGUUGUAAAGGGAACGUGUUGAAAGGACAAUAGAAAAGCAUCCAAUAAUUGGGCUAUUGUCGUUUAACCAUUUUUUGUUCAGUUCAUUUGUAUCUUUUAGUUCAAACCCCGCCCCCCAAUUUCUCCAAAUGGCUAACCAACAACAAUUAACAAAAUGCCACAAAACAUGGUUUUAAAAACAGUGAUAUUAAAGCCAGCUUCAAAUAACAUCAGGUAUUUAAAAAAAUAAAAAAUUACAGCUGUAGUUAAAGGAGGCCUCUCCAAAAAGUAAUUUACAGAACUAAAUGUGCAUUCUCACAUCCAAAAAAGCUAAGUUAAGCUUUAUACCAGGAGUGUCCAUAACUUAAGCUUGUAGGGUCUACUUUGAUUUUUACUAGAUCUCUGAGAUCCACCAACCAGAACCAGUGUAAAAAAACAUACACCAAAGCCGCAAUCUAUACAGUGGUACCUCGGGUUAAAUACUUAAUUCGUUCUGGAGGUCUGUUCUUAACCUGAAACUAUUCUUAACCUGAGGUACCACUUUAGUUAAUGGGGCCUCCCGCUGCUGCCGCACCGCCGGAGCACGAUUUCUGUUCUCAUCCUGAAGCAAAGUUCUUAACCCGAGGUAAUAUUUCUGGGUUGGCGGAGUCUGUAACCUGAAGCGUCUGUAACCUGAGGUACCACUGUACAUGCUUACCUAGAAGUACAAGACCACCAACGGAUGUGCCAACUGGGACCCUUAGACUUUCAGCUUUCUUUUUUUAAAAAAUACAAUAAAAUAUGUAAGUCUCUACCCUCCCCCCCCCCGCCCCAAAAGUUAUGAAGCUAAAUGUUUAGGUACUCUUCUAAACAAAUUGUGUCAGUUAGUCAGCCUGGCUGCUCCCAUCUAGCCAAUGAGCGAAGGUAGAGCUGUGAUUGACAGAUGAAUUCUGUGGGUUCCUAAAGAGCUGCUGUUUUGCCAUGCCUUUUAGUGCAACACACACCCCCCUUUCUGGUUUAUUUUGCAGUCUGUGGAUUUCUGUAUUUUGCCCUUCUUUCCCCCUCCCCCUCUAACAACCAAGAUGUAUCUUUUCUGUGGUGGAUUUGUCUGAGAUAAGGGAUUCCCUAGGAGUUAUUUUGUGUUUAGCAUGGCUUGCUGACCCCCAGGUAAGUGAGGGCAGGAUUACAGCCUAGGCUUUCGUUUAGGUCUGGCAUUGGGGCAAAGCAUAGUUCCUGGGCAUUUAACAGUAGUGUGGCAGGCAGAAAUCCAACAGGUUGAGCAUCUUCUUGUAUGCACAUUUAUGCACAUUUAACUUGCACACAUUCAGCUUUACACGCUUGGCAAUUAAAAAAACCUUUUUUGAAAAAAAUAAAUAAACAGGUCUUGCUUCUGAGGAGAUAGCAAUAGGAUUGCACUGUUAGAAUUACAGGAUUUUGAGCCCAGGAAUUCGUUGUGCCAGAACUGAACUGAUACUGAACUUGUUCUUCCCUGCUUUGAACAGUGUUCAGUUAAUACAUCCUGACUCAUGAAAGGCAAGAUACCAAGCUACAGUUGACCUUGGGGCUAGAAGCUCAACAUUGUCCAUCAUGCCUAAUAAUUAACUUCCAACGGAAGAUACGAAAUGCUUUCUUAAUACUCUUGUAGUUAAAGGAAACUAUGGUGUCUGUUCUGUGUAACACAGCUGGAUGUAAAAUGAUCACAAAGAUGAAUUUCUCUUUGAGGUAAUGUUCCCCUUAAGGCUUAGAUGAAGGUAAUUUGCUGCCAGAACUCUAAACCUGUGUGCAUGUGGCUGUAAAACGUUUGUCCAGAGUUGGAUGUAAUGCCCUGAAGUUCUAUUUAAGGAGUCUGACCAUAUAUGAAAGGUACAGUGUGGCUUCAUCUAAAAUAACACAUUUUAUUUAGGAGCAUAUGGUAGGUGGCAGUGGAGAUGCGGUGUGUGACCUGAAGAAUUACAAAGUUUCAGAUAUGCCUGUAUUUUUUAUUACUAUACUGUGAGGAAUGAUCCAGCCCAGCCAAAGCACUUCUGUCACAUUGAGAGAGUAAUGGAAGAGAUUCAAUGGGGUCACGAAGAGUCGGACACGACUAAACAACAACAACAAAUUCUACUGAAAUUAAUGCGUGGCAGAAGUGCUUAACUUUGGAUAGAUGAUGCCCUGUCCCCUGUGUGUUUUCUGUUGAUUGUGAAAGUCUACAGCUGAAACAGACUAUCAAAAAGUUCCUUAGAAAUAAAACAUCAUUAUUUUUGCUGGGGUUGGGAAGAGUGCAAAUCUGAAGCUAUCACCCUGGCAGAAACCUAGAGGUGGCAUCAAGUAAAUGGAUUUUUACACUCUCAGAGUUGAUUCUCUGAUGUUUAUUUUGUUGUUGUUGUUAAGUCGUUUAGUUGUGUCCGCCUCUUCAUGACCCCAUGGACCAGAGCACACCAGGCACUCCUGUCUUCCACUGCCUCCCGCAGUUUGGUCAAACUCAUUUUAGUAGCUUUGAGAACACUGUCCAACCAUCUCAUCCUCUGUUGUCCUCUUCUCCUUGUGCCCUCAAUCUUUCCCAACAUCAGGGAGUCUUCUCUUCUCAUGAGGUGGCCAAAGUAUCGGAGCCUCAGCUUCAGGAUCUGUCCUUCCACUCAGGGCUAAUUUCCUUAAGAAUGGAUAGGUUUGGUUUUCUUGCAGUCCAUGUAAAGUAAAGAAAGAACAAAACCCAAACUCCAGUUUUCCUUAAUAGACAUGACUCAUUCUAUGCUUGAAGGCUAACAAACAAGUUAUGGAUUAAGGUGUGCUAGAACCAAGAAUGCUAAUAUUAAAUAAAUAUAUGAUAAAAAGAUAAAGGCAAAGGAUCCCUGGAUGGUUAAGUCCUGUCAAAGGCAACUAUGGGGUUGUGGCACUCAUCUCGCUUCAGGCCAAGGGACCUGACGUUUGUCCACAGACAGCUUUCCAGGUCAUGUGGCCAGCAUGACUAAACCACUUCUUGUGCAACAGGACACUUUGAUGGAAGCCAGAGACAACGGAAACGCCAUUUACCUUUCCACCACAGUGGUACCUAUUUAUUUACUUGCACUGGCAUGCUUUUGAAAUGCUAGGUUGGCAGGAGCUGGGACAGAGUAAUGGAUUUGAACCGCCAACCUUCCAGUCAGUAAGCCCUAGAGGUUCAGUGGUAAUACCCUCUUGUGAGUGUCAUAGGAAACUCUCUUAUACUGAACCAGAUCACAGGUAUUGUCUGCCCUAAUUCCAGGAUUUCAGGAAAGUCUUUCCCAGCCCAGCUGAAGAUGCUGGAGACUGAGUUAAGGAUCUUCUGAAUGCAAUGCAGGUCUUCUAUGGCUGUGCUAUGUCCCUUCCUCAGAGGAAGGUCAGUGUGGGAUAGUGGGUGGUGUGUUGGACCAUAGCUGAAGGUUACCUGUCAGAGGACUUCAGUUUCCAGAACCUGUAGCAAACUACAGUUCCCAGGAUUCUUUGGGGGAAGCAUAUGCUUUAAAUGUACUGUGUGGAUGUGAAUUUCAAAUCACUGUAGGUGAAUCUAGGCUGGUCACUUUCUCUUAACCCAAUCGACUCCACAGGCAUGGGCGUAGCCAAGAAGGGGCAGCUGCCUUGUCCCACCCCCCCAUCAAGUAAAACAAUUGAAAUACUUAACUGACCAAUCACAUUAGUUCUGCCCCCCCAACAAAAGUCCUGCCCCCCCCCAAAAAAUCUUGGCUACGCCCAUGUCCACGGGGUAGUUGCAAGGAUAAAUUGGGGGUGGGUGAGAGCCAAGUCCUUUCUGAAUUCCCUGGAGGAAGUACGGGAUAAACAGAAUUUUUAAAAUCUUCACCCCCUGCUCGAUUUAAGUGCUGCCUCUUGGUAGCAAUUUCUCAGCAUUUCCAAGGCCUUGCUUCAACAGGAAAUGCAUCAAAAGCAGGGUGAACUGUCCGUUGCCACGCUGUUCAGUUCUUUGCAAAGAACACCAAGGACUCAGCUGUACAGCUGCAAAUAAAACGUUUUAAGCGCAAUGUGCAAUGUGACACUGGAUGGCGAUGGUGAGCCUUAUGGAAAAUUCAAUGUAUUUUUUAAAACACUUUUUUAAAAAAGCAUUUUCAGAACUUUUUUUUUAAUGUGCGUAGAUUCCACCCAAGUGGGUCUUUGGAGAAAUGGCUCUUGGGCCAAGUUGUGUUUGAAGGAGCACUUUCACUCUGUUUACAUCUACUGAGAUGUGUCACUGUUUCUCUCUCUAUUCUGCUUCCACAUCCACAUGUACAGUGGUACCUCAAGUUACAGAUGCUUCAGGUUACAGACUCCACUAACCCAGAAAUAGUACCUCGGGUUAAGAACUUUGCUUCAGGAUGAGAACAGAAAUCGUGCUCUGGCGGUGCGGCCAUUAGCUAAAGUGGUGCUUCAGGUUAAGAGCAGUUUCAGGUUAAGAACAGACCUCCAGAACGAAUUAAGUUCUUAACCCGAGGUACCACUGUACUGUACUCCCAACAGCCACCAGCAAUGGGAAAUGGCAGAAAGCCAGGAUCACACCAAAGCCAAAAUCCUACGUGAAGAAGCACAAGCACAACUGAACCUGCCUGAGAACACAUCCCACUGAAUAUAAAUAAGACUGACACCUGAGUAAACCUAUAGAAUUGGACAGUAUGGCUGCAAUCUUAUGCAUACUUACAUGGGAGUAAGCCUCAUUAAGGACAGUAGAACUCUGUAUGAUACAAAUAACAAUCUUGCUGAAGCUUGUGUGAAAUCUAUUUAGCAGAUGAGUGAGGAAAUCCUAGCUAAAUCCUGCCUCACUCAGAAACUCCCCUCUCUGGGGUUGCAUUUCCACUACACACUUACUUGGGAGCAAGUCACAUUGAAUUCAAUGGGGCUUACUUCUGAGUAGGAAAGUCAGUGUGUUAUUGUCCCUCCCCCCACCCCCAGCUCGUCGAAGAGAGUGAAAUAUGAAAGUGAUACAAACAGCAUAGGGAUAAUACAGAAGGACAGAUCACUAGAAGGACAGAUUGUGAAGCUGAGGCUCCAAUACUUUGGCCACCUCAUGAGAAGAGAAUACUUCCUGGAAAAGACCCUGAUGUUGGGAAAGAUUGAGGACACAAGGAGAAGGGGACGACAGAGGGCGAGAUGGUUGGGCAGUGUUCUUGAAGCUACGAACAUGAGUUUGACCAAACUGCAGGAGGCAGUGAAAGACAGGAGUGCCUGGUGUGCUCUGGUCCAUUGGGUCACGAAGAGUCCGACACGACUAAACGACUAAACAACAACAACCUUUCAGGCUUGUUGUAGCAAUUUCUGAGAUAAUGACUGCAAAGUGUUUUGAACACAUAAAGCACUUGCAAGUCCUUCUUGGCAGCCAAAAGCCAAAGUAGAAAUCAUUUUAAACAUAGAAUAAAACAAAAGCUUAGCAGUAUUAUUACUGCAGAAGCAAACAAACACAGGUUCUUAUACCAAGGUCUCUGGAGAUAUGAGUGUCAGUGGUACAAAGCAUCUUUCUUCCAGCACUCCUGAAGUUGCAUUAUGUGCUUCCCUAAAAUGAAAACAGGGACGCGGGUGGCACUGUGGGUUAAACCACAGAGCCUAGGACUUGCUGAUCAGAAGGUCGGCGGUUUGAAUCCACGCGACGGGGUGAGCUCCAGUUGCUCGGUCCCUGCUCCUGCCAACCUAGCAGUUCGAAAGCACGUCAAAGUGCAAGUAGAUAAAUAGGUACCGCUCCAGCGGGAAGGUAAACAGAGUUUCCGUGCGCUGCUCUGGUUCACCAGAAGCAGCUUAGUCAUGCUGGCCACAUGACCCAGAAGCUGUAUGCCGGCUCCCUCGGCCAAUAAAGCGAGAUGAGCGCCGCAACCCCAGAGUCAGUCACGACUGGACCUAAUGGACAGGGGUCCCUUUACCUAAAAUGAAAACAACUCAGAAAAAUCCUGAACAGGAAGAGAAACAUAAGUAUCUGUAGCUCAGAUGAGAUAAUCGGAUUCAUUCCCCCCUAUAAAAAGUAUCCCUCCCUCCCCCAGUUUUUCGAAGGAAUCUCAUAGACUGAGUUUGGCACUACACAUCUGCUGUUAUUGCAGCUCUCCAUCCUUCAAACCACAAAAGACUGGCACAAAACAUUAAUUACGAAGAGCAGCCCUGAUGAUCUCAAGCAGGGAGUCUUGAACAGCCUCUCAAACACACAGAGGGAAACCAAGGAAGGAGAAUAAUUAGAUCCUCAAGACUUGGCUUUAUUCGUUUUUUCCUUUAACUAACAGAUAAAUGGGAAAGCAGUACUGCUCUCAGAUUUACAUCUGGCAUCAAGUCACAGUUUGAAAUAUUUGCUACAAAGCCUCUUGAGGAUCUGUAGCAGUUUUCUUAUGAGAGUGAUAGGAAUAAAGAGAGGAAUGAGCAAGUUAAUAUUUACAAACAUUCUGUUGUUUUGCAGUCUGUGUGUGCAUUUUUAUUUAUUUUUUGGUGGUUUGGCAAACACCUGGGGUUACCCAAGCUUUCCAGUUGGGCUGCUUCCCGUUUCUGUUGGCAGUCAAUACCUGACCUCAGAAUUACAGGGAGUCAAAAUGCUCACAUUGCUGGGAUCUUCUUAAAAAAGGUGCCUUCUAUCAGCAACAGAACAGCUACAAGUAGCUUGCAACCCUGUCAAGUUGCAGUCCUUUAUCAUGGAUGGGUAGAAUCUCUAAAAUGUUUCGCCUUGCACAUUAUAUAGAAAUGAUUGGGUAUUAAUCACACAACCCGAGAGGUGCUGAAAAGCAACAGUGCUUUUCAUUUUAAAGCGCAAGACUGUGUACCUGGCCUGACCAGGGCCGGAUUUAGGUUUUGAUGAGGCCCUAAGCUACUGAAGGUAAUGGGGCCCUUUGUAUGUCCAGCUGUCCUUUGUCAACAACAAAUUGUUGCUGUUUUUUUGUGCUGAAUAUAGGCUAAUCUAUGGACCUAUCAGGUAUCUGAAGCCAUUUGCACAUAACAAAAUAUGUAUUUUUUGGAAACGUACAUUCAGGGUUUUUUUCCUUUAAUUUUUUUUUGGGGGGGGGGCUCAAGAGAAUGGGGCCCUAAGCUAUAGAUUGUUAAGCUUCUACGUAAAUCUGGCGUUGACCUCCGCAGCGCACCAAGGCAAAGGCAGGAAAACGGACGGGGAGAGAGAGAUCCGGCUUCCUCCUCUCGCCCGCAAGAUCUCCGGUUGCCACGGGAGCAGCCUGCCGCCUGCGGGCGAGCGCGGUGCCUGCGCCAACUGGCCGCUGCUCCCAACAGUCGCGGGCGGCUUGAAAGUAAGCAGCGCGCACGCCGAGGCGCACCCGGAGGGGCGGCGCGACGGCGGUCUCCACUGAUUGGCCGCCGCCUAUAUAGGCUCGGCAAGCGGCGCCCGGGAGCCACUUCGAGUCCUUGCCCACUAGUCCCCACCUGCGCUGCGCCGGGAAGGAGCAGGGCGCCCCCUUCAGGCACCAAGGAAGAACCGCCCGCGUCAGCCUCCGCUGCGGGUGGGGAAAGGCAGGUGGGCAAAGGCGCGGCGAGGGUCCGCGGGGGUCCCCGGGCAGAGUUUAGGGAGGCGCUGCCAGGGUGGCUGGGUGGGUUGGUAGCUUUCCUGCGGGUGUCUUUGAAGACCGGGCUUCGUUUCGGGGAGGGUCCGAGCGUUCACAGCACAGGUGCCUUGGGGCAAUCGCUGGAAACAGUGGACUAGAAACUUGGGACGUUGGAGACAGUGGACUAGAAACUUGGGACGUUGCCUUUGGUCCAUGUAGCUGAACAUAGUCCAUAUUUCUAGCAUUUCAGAUAAGGGAGUGUUCCUUCCCAGUCCUACCUGGAGGGGCUGGGGAUGGAACCAGCGGUCUCAAAGCUUUAUCAUGGAUGGGUAGAAUCUCUAAAAUGUUUUGCCUUGCACAUUAUAUUCUACUCCUGAGCCACAGCCCUUGCCUCACUUAGUGAUUCCCAAGUAGACCCGUCUGCAGUUAUUGCCUCCAGCAUCCUGUGUAAUUUGUAACUGGCGCUGCCUGCGGGCGGGCUGAGAUGGGCCCAGGUCACUUGCUCCAGGGUUGUGUGACCACAAUGCUAUUACAGCUCUCUAUGGGAGCACCUGCUCAUCUUUCAGCUGCCACAGGACCAGCAGAAAAGGAGCUCUGUUUUUUUAGAAAAUGGUGCUGCAGAGUGGAAGGGGUUUGUGUUUUGAAUAAUAAUAAAAAACUUGCUCUGUAAUAUCUCUUAAUAGAGUUAUCAAAUCCCAGAACAGGCUUGUGUAAACUUAGUAAAGGUAAAGAAAGGGUAAAGGAUCGCUGGAUGCUUAAAUCUGGUACCACAGUCCUAUGUUAUAUUUGGCAGUAAGUUUCACCGAGUUCAGCAAGGCAUGCUUCUGGCAAAGGUGAUGCAUCCCUUAUUUCUCGACAUGUUUACUUGGAGGUAAAUCCAGUGGCACUUUGUUCUUAGCCUUAGAGUUUGGGGGACCUUCAACUGUGAGCCACCUUUGCUGAUUUAAUCCCAUUGGUUUCAGCGAGGUAAAGCUAUUUGGUGGAAGGAUGCCAGUUUUAAAGAAACAUGUAAUGCCAAGGUUGCUUUCAUCUCACAAACUCUUUAAUAACUUUCUGGGGGCUAAGGAUACUGCAGUAUUUUGUUUGUUACAUUUAUAUCCCACCUUUUCCUCCAUGGAGCUCAAAGUGGCAUAUGUGGUUUUCCCGCUCCCCAGUUUAUCCUUACAACAACCCUGUGAGGUAGGCGAGACUGCGAUGGCUCAAGGUCACCCAGUGAACACCAUGGCUGAGUGAGCAUUUGAACCUUGCCUGAUGGUUGUGGCCCAACUCUAAUAUUGCCAGGGUUUUGUUAUUUUCAAACAAGUUCCUCCCCCUGUGCUUAGGGCUUACUGCGCUGAGUCUUGCGUCUCGCACACAUUUCUCUGUGUACCUCAGUUGCUUUUAUGGAGGGUCACUGAAACACUAGUGAGAGAGCAAAGAUAAGAGAAGGCAGGCUUGUACAAACAAAGCUACGGGAAGAUUUCCGUUUUCUAAGAGUCAAGUCAGAAUCAACUUCAGGGUUGGGUUGCUCUUGAAGGGAGUCAAUCUGAGGAUAUUGUCAGAAAUUGGGUGCAUUCAGGUAUUACAUUAGUUUUUCUGAUUUUAGUGCUACAGCCUCUGUGCCGUUUCCUAACAUACCUUUCACAAUGCAGUAACUCUGGCUUUUUGACUGAGAUACGGGCAUGUCUCAGUAAACUUCAUUUACACCAGUGGGGGUGGUGUGACACAACAACAAAUGUCACUAGACAACGUUGCUACUCCUCACACUUCCUGCACAUGCAUGCUUCAGUUUCCUCAUGAUUCUCCUAUGAAAACGGCAGGAAGGAACAACUGUAUGCCGCCCCAAAUCUUGUCACUGCUCUCGUGAUUUUCUAGGUUAAUUGGGCUGCAAAUCUAUUUUUUUCCCCCUGGAAGCAAUUAAUACAGAAAGGGAGCACUAAAGUUCCACUGCAUUCUGCCAGGUUUCUGGAAGUGGCUGUCAUAUUGGGUAGAAGCUCAAAUAUAAUGCAGGAAUUACCGUAAUAGUUAGGGAAACGGAAAGGACUGCCUUGUGGGUGCAGCCUCAAUGUGUGUUUCUUUGUCUUUCCAGCAUCAGCUGCUGACCCUGAGGAAAUGCAUUGCAGCAACAAUGGUGAUGAGAAGGCAAAAGAUGAGCUUUGGGAUGCCCUGCCGGUUGUUGUACAGCCUCGAACCAAUCAAAAUCUCCACCAAAGAGCUAUUCUGGGGGAGCUGACGGAAAAUGGGCAGUGUUUGAGACCCUCUGUCCAGGUAAAUCAAGGAGGACUGGGAUUCCUGGAUAACUCAUACGGAAGAUUCUUUUAUCACCUGGGCUUAGGAAAUCAGAGAUUUAUUUUUUUGGAGUGGUAAAGGUGGGAAUAAAUGGACCAAUGGUCUGUCUGUGUAAGGCAGCUUCCUAGGUUCAGUAGCUGUUUGCUACUUGUUUUGAGGCUCACUAACCAACCUAGCAGUUCGAAAGCACGUCAAAGUGCAAGUAGAUAAAUAGGUACCGCUCCAGCGGGAAGGUAAACAGAGUUUCCGUGCGCUGCUCUGGUUCGCCAGAAGCAGCUUAGUCAUGCUGGCCACAUGACCCAGAAGCUGUACGCCGGCUCCCUCGGACAAUAAAGCAAAAUGAGCGCCGCAACCCCAGAGUCGGCCACGACUGGACCUAAUGGUCAGGGGUCCCUUUACCUUUACCUUUAACCAACUAGGAAGGGACAACAACCCUGCAGUUUCAUGUUUAUCUGCACCCGUGCAUCUCUGAAGCACCUUUUCUGCUUACAACUCCACCUUUAAAAGGUUAGCUUUUUUUUCAACUGUAAAUGAGAACUGUAAGACACUUUCUGUGUUUAAAAAAAGUGUUAUGGCACUUUAAAUACUAAACAGAUUUUCUAAGGGCGUGAGCGUUCAUGGACUCUGGGCAACCCUACAGUUUAUUGGUGUUAAAUCUAGCCAAGUCACACCCUGGAGUAUUGUAAUCAAGGGACAUAACCAACUUAAGUUGGUCAUUCUAUUGGGUCUGCUUUGAGCACCCAACUCUUAAGCUACAAUUCUAAUCCUGUUUACUUGAGAGUAAGCCCACUUGAGUUUAUUAGAACUUACUCAUGAGUAGACAUGGCUAGGGUUGUGGUGGUGUUAUUGCUAGCACAGCAACUCCUUUGGGCUUUGUAUGUUAAAAUGCUGUAGGAAUGGCAGGUCAGAGAAUAGUGUGACUUGAGGUCCCAGCUGCACUGUACACUUAAAGCAGUUUCGAAAAGGUUGCCCUUCCCUUUGGGGGACGCUAUAUUUGCUGUCAAACGGCAUCCUCUGUAGGAGGUACAGAGCAGCACUGUGAGUUGUUGACUCUUCUUUUGCUCCACUACUACCGACGUAUGUUCUUUGGGCUCAACGGCACUCAACGAACUGGGCGACUGUUAAAGGGGUUUGCGCAUGGCAUGAGCUGUGGAAUGUAGGACCACUGGAAAAUGCAUGCACUCUUUUUAACUGCCAGUGGGUCAAGUACUACUGAAAGGUUCCAUCUUCAGUUUCUUGGAAACUUGAAGCGAGGGAUUGAGAGGGACUAGAAGUCUUUCUCUCUGUGGUUUUCAGUGGGACUUAAGAAUUCAGCAUCUGCCCUGUUUUAGAGAUAUAGGUUUUUGCUGUUGUGCCAAGGAGGAGUGUUGAGCCACCAAACAGUUCUUUAUGGGCUAGGCUUCCUCAACCUCGGCCCUCCCAAUGUUUUUGGCCUACAACUCCCAUGAUCCCUAGCUAGCAGGACCAGUGGUCAGGGAUGAUGGGAAUUGUAGUCUCAAAACAUCUGGAGGGCCAAGGCUGAGGAAGCCUGGUUUAGCAUGUUAUGUAUCAUGUUAUCAACCAUACACCUCUCUGUCUUUCAUCCAAGCAAGCAAGAGGUAAUCUCAGAGCUCAAGGACAUAUCCCCGCCAAUCAAAAACACUCAAGGAGGGUUCAAAGCAGGGCUGGUAGGGAGUGUGGCUGGACGGGUGGUGUCGCCUGGAGAGAGAGAGAGUACUGAAGGCUAGGUAGAGAGACUUGGAGGACUGCAUUUGGCCCCUGGGCAUUACCUCCCUAUCCAUACUCUAGGCCAGUGUUUCCCAGACUUGGGUCUCCAUCUGCUUUUGGACUACAACUCCCAUCAUCCCUAGCUAGCAGGACCAGUGGUCAGGGAUGAUGGGAAGUGUAGUUCAAAAACAGCCAGAGACCCGACCCAAUUUUGGGAAACACUGCGCAGUCUAGGCUGUUAUCCUGCCUUUCAAAAGUUUGGCAAUUGAUCAUAACCAUGACUUUCAGAGGACUUUAUCAGACGCAUAGAGUGUUGUCUUCAGAGACAUUUUAAGUGUGAGAGAUAAUAUGUAUUAUGCGCAUAUGGGUGGAGAGAAUUGUAAACUGUGGAGGGUCAAAACACCAUGAAAUGCAAGAGACUGUGAAAGAGGUCACUUGUAUGCAUAGUAAGCAGAGCGUGAUGGACUAUGUCGAAAUGGCAAAAAUUAACUGGGAAGCUCAGAAUUCAAGAAGCCAAGAACAUAAAAAAAAAGGGAAAAGUUUACAAUUUAUAUAUGAGAUCAUUGUAAGCAGGUUAAAACAUUGGCAGGAUUUUAACCACACUUGUAAUGUAACGGAAUGUAUGGACAAUUUAGAAAGACAAAAAAUUGGAGAAGUAUUGAUAGGCAAUUGAAAAUAUUAUCAACAGGACCCAUGGAAGGGAUGGGGAGGAAGUCAGGAGAUUCAGAAUAAUCUCAAUAUUUGGAUUCUGAAUUGGUUUUUGUUGUAUGUUUAUACAGUGGUGCCCCGCAAGACGAAUGCCUCGCAAGACGGAAAACCCGCUAGACGAAAGGGUUUUCCGUUUUGGAGGUGCUUCGCAAAACAAAUUUCCUAUGUGCUUGCUCGCAAGACUAAAAUGUCUUGCGAGUUCCUGCGGGCUUUUUCCUCCCCCUUUUUCCCAAGCGGCUAAACCGCUUAUCAGCUGAUCGGCUAAGCCGCUUAACAGCUGAUCGCUAAGCCGCUUAUCAGCUGAUCGUUAAGCCGCUUAUCAGCUUAUCGUUAAGCCGCUUAACAGCUGAUCCGCUAAGCCGCUAAUACUGUAGCGCUAAUCCGCUAAACCGCUAAUGGGCUUGCUUCGCAAGAUGAAAAAACCCGCAAGACGAAGAGACUCGCGGAACAGAUUCUUUUGCGUCUUGCGAGGCACCACUGUACAUUUAAAAAAUAAUUUAAAAAAUUAUAUUAAAAAAGUAAGCAGAUCUGCCGUCCACAGCCAUGUGAGGUUUGUGUAAAAAUGCCACUGGCCCCCUUGGCCUUGUGUGGCCUUUUGGCCUUAUUUUUUCCUCCCUGUGUGUGUUAUAACUAUGUGUAAAAGAUAAGGUGUUCUGUUGUGCCAGAAGUGGUUUAGUCAUGCUGGCCACAUGACCCGGAAAGCUGUCUGUGGACAAAUGCCGACUCCCUUGGCCUGAAAGCAAGAUGCAUGCUGUACCCCUUAGUCUCCUUUGACUGGACUUCACCAUCCAGGGGUCCUUUACCUUUACCUUUAACUUUACCUAUAACUUUGUGUACCAACUGAGGGCAAUGCUUCUGUAUCGAAAUUGUGGACUUCCAUUUCCAAAGGUUUGUGCUGCAGUUAAAUUCAUGUCUUUUAAAAAUGCUACAAGACUAGCCUGGCUGAACCACUUUGGCUGAGCUCCCCACCCUCCCACCCCGUCUCUGUCUAGCUUGAAACGCCUGGUAUUCAGUCAUGGAAAUUACGGGCACAGUGUCUCUACUGCUGAAUGGUAAAUAGCCACACCAUGCAGUGUUCUGUACUGAUAUGGAGUACUAAUGAUGGUUGCUUCAAAACCAAAAUAUCUUCUGGUGCUGGAUUGCCAGGGCUCUCUUGGAAUACUGAUUUGCCGUUAACUUUAGUCUCUGUUUCUUGUUGGAGUUUUCCAGAUCAUCAGUAGGCUGCCUUCUGCUUCAGACUCUUCCUGGCCCACCUUCUUUCGCAAUGCAUUAACUUGUUAUGUACUAAGCUUGGAUCCUAGAACAAUAGGCAGGUAGGAUCCUAGAAUGCAACAACUGAUUGGCCUGCAGGAGGAGACCAAUCAGGCUCCAGGAGGGGAGCAGAAUCAGCCAAUCAGACAGGACUCAUUGUGUAAAUAAUGUGUAUAAAGGCCUGAGGUUUGGGGGGGAAAUUGAAUCACUGUUUUACAAGCUGCAAUAAAGAGCAUGAAAUCACUGCAGGACUCUGAGUAUAUUUCACUUGUGCUUCGGUGUACUAGGAUGCAGUUUAAACAAGUCGCACACCCUUUGGUGUGAACAAGCCAAGACUCCUUCCAUAGCUUUUUGCAAGCAGCUAUGUUUUCUUACCAAUGAGCAACCAAGUAGGAAGCAGCAUAAGAUUAAAACUCCUGCACUAUUGUCAGUGGCGUAUUCACUGAGAGAUUAGUGUCACAGACUUGUACCUACAUUCUGCCCACUCCUCCUUGUAUUCUUGCAAGUUCUGUGCAGCUACAUUGGAAUGUAGGAGUGUUUUUCGGCUUGAUCUGGGAAAGACCUCUCGCAUUUCCCUUGUCCCGCUGGCCCUCAACAAGAAAGAGCACCAUGGGCUCCCAAACUACAGUUUUGGGGAACUGAAGGCUUUCAGAGGCCACAAUCCAUAUGCCUUGCCCUACCCUCCAGCCUUCAUAAGGGAGCUGUUUCCAGAAGCACUGUGAGAGGAAUGAAACUUUGCGCUGGCCAUCAGGCAAGGGCUUUUUCUACCUGCCUUGUUCCACCCUUCAGCCCUAGGGGCCUUACGAAGGGAGUUGCUGCCAGGGGCAUUAUGUGUAUGUGUCUUUUGAUGAAUUGAGUGGAAGAUUGAGUCGUGGGGGUGGAGAGAGUCAGAGAAAUUCAACAGUGCUUAGUUUGUUUUUGGUUGCUAGGCUGUGAAUCAUAGAAUUGUAGAGUUGGAAGAGACCAUGGUGGUCAUCUCAUCCAACCCCCUACAAUGCAAUGCAGAAAUCUUUCACCCAACGUGGGGCUUGAACCCACAACCCUAAGAUUAAGAGGCUUAUGCUCUACCUACUGAGCUAUCUGAUAUCAGAAAGCCAGGAUUGUUAAGUUGUGGGUGAACAUAUCAGACGACACAGUGAUUCUUCAAACAGCUCUUGUUUAUUCACAGGCCAGAACUGAACUGAACUGAAGGGUUCAGUCAGCCUGCUUAUAUAGAGCUCCAGUACAACGUAACUGUAACAAUUUUCUAAAACUAUCCAAUCACUGAACGUCACUUUCGAUCCCUUAUUUGCUUAACUAUCUGGCCCAGGGUAAAAACUUCAGUACAUAACAAGGAUAUAUUGCCCAUCUGUUUUAAUUGGCCAGUAAAACAUUAAGGGAGCCUGACCAACAGAAAUCCUGUGAGAGGACUUCCACAUGUGCAAGAGAGCUUUCCUUUGGUUAGUAUUGCUUUGUGAAUUAUGAGUGCUGGAGUACUUUGUGAAUCUUAUAAGAUGACUAUUGUUGGGUUUGAGCUGCUUCACUUAUAAUUUUUUUAGUUAAUAGGGCUUUAUAGAAUGUGUCUGUUUUACUGAUUAUUUGCCGUUGUUUUGCUGAUGAUCUGUUAAUUACUUUAUACGAUUCGUGUUGUAUUUGUGAUGUACAGUGGUACCUCAGGUUGCAUACGCUUCAGGUUCCAUACGCUUCAGUUUACAGACUCCGCUAACCCAGGAAUAAUGCUUCAGGUUAAUAACUUUGCUUCAGGAUGAGAACAGAAAUCGUGCUCCAGCGGCGCAGCAGCAGCAGGAGGAGGCCGCAUUAGCUAAAGUGGUGCUUCAGGUUAAGAAUAGUUUCAAGUUAAGAACGGACUUCCGGAAUGAGUUAAGUACUUAACCCGAGGUACCACUGUACUAUUACAUUGUUGCUAUUUAUUAUUUGCGAGCUGCUUUGUGAUUUGUGCGAGCAAAAAGCGGCAUAGAAAUAUUGUAAGCGAACUGAACUGAAAUGCGUCUUUUCCUGCACUCCUUGAAGCAGGAAUAUAGGCUGUCCCUACCAAGAAGAUUCUCAUUCUUCUUUUCAGGGAGCAAACAGGCUGAGAGGCUUCUCUGGAUCCGAAAAUGUCUGUCCUGCUUUAACUACUGGCAAGAAUAUGAUGCCCGUCUGCGUGGCGUCCAAACAAAGUUUUGCUGUUUACAGAGAUGAAGUGGAAGGGAAAAACAGGUACAGCUGUAUGGCUGUGGAAGAAUCCAGCAUGUGUGAAGUUGAUACCUGCACCCGAAGACCUAACAUUCACCUGCUGCUAAGCUUGAGUACAGGUACGUCCAAUGGCCUAGCAGGGGCAGUGUUGGUGAUGGUAGAAACCUGUGACCCUCCAGAGGUUGUUAGCCCUUGGCCAGUAGCCAUUCUGGCUGGGGCUGAUGUGAGUUGGGCUCCAACAAUAUCUGGAGAACCAUCGCCUACUAAGCCUUCUUUUUAAAUUACAGUGUAUGUUGCCUAUAACAUCCAAGAAAUCUAAGGGUUUAUGACUUCUGCUGAUGGAAGCAUACGCUGAAACUAAUGGCUAACUUAACAUUUUUAAAAUAUAUUUAAAAAAUCAUUCUUCCUGGUAAUUUGUUGGUGAAUCCAGGCUCUCCGAUGCUGGUGGAUAAGUCGUUGCAGUCCCAAGAUGAGGAUCUUCAGUGUUAUAAAGAGGACGUCAUGUGUGCUGCGGAAUAUGCAGAAGAUAUUCAUCGCUACUUGAGAGAAGCUGAAGUGAGUGGCACUUUUAAGGAGCUCACUGUAGCCUUGGCUCAGAGAUAGCACCAGUGCAACAUGCACUCUGCAUCCUCACUUCUUUCUAAUAUUCACGCCGUGAGUAUGUACUUUAGCUUAUGGAGCCUAAAUUGCACUCAAAUGCAAGUUUAGUCCUGUCCUCUGGAGGAACAAUCUCAGUUUAGUAUCAUGGACACCUUGAAUUCAAACUUCCUGUAAAUUAACUCACAGAGGGGCUUCACACACACACACACUUACACCUCCUUAUUCUGAGGCCGAACUCUUUCCAUGCAGGUGAAAUACAGACCCAGAGCAUGCUACUUGAGGAAGCAGCCUGAUAUCACCUCGAGUAUGCGUGCAAUCUUGGUGGACUGGCUGGUAGAAGUCGGUGAAGAAUAUAAGCUUCGUACUGAAACGGUGUACCUUGCUGUGAACUACUUGGACCGGUUUCUCUCUUGCAUGUCUGUCCUCAGAGGAAAGCUUCAGCUUGUGGGAACAGCGGCAGUACUCCUAGCUGCGUAAGUAGGCUUGGCGUGAAUGAGCAAACCUUUGGCAGAUGACAACUGUUUAGGGCUACCUGGUGAGACUUGUCUGGAUCUGUCUCUCGAGUGCUCAUGUGUCCUAGCAAAGGCAGGAAGCCACUUUUUCCAAGUUAGUCUAUCUAGCUCAUGGGUGAAGGGACCUGCAGCUCUCCAGCUAGACUCCAGCUCCCAUCAUUCCUUGCCACUGGCAAUACCGGCUGAGGCUGAUGAGAGCUGGAAUCCGUGUAGAUGGCUGCAGGUUCCCCGCGCCAUUCUAGGUCAUUACUGGCUACACCCCUGUGUUACAAACAGGGCUAUUGUCCAGGCCAAAUUGGGAGAUGCCAAGAAUUGAAGCCUGGCGCCUUCUCCAUUGUGCUCUGCCAAUGGACUACAACCCUGUUUCCCCAUAGAGAUACUUGGAGAGUGGGCUAACAGUCUUAAAUGUUGAAGGACAAAAUGGGUUUUCGCUUGCUUUUUCAUUGGCAUUGGCUCCUGUGAGCAGGUCCCAGUGACAUUCUGCUGCUGCUGAAAUCACUGUAGGUACAUUUUUUUUGCAAGCAAAUGUUUCACUUGCAUCUACAACCUUAAUCCACCUGAAUAGUUUGUGGAUCCCAAGUUCAGAGAAUGAGGACAUCAAAUGAGUUGGUAUGCUUUAGCUAUUUGUGUGGGGAUUAGCCCGGGAGACCCAGAAUCAUAUCGCUGCUCAGCCACAAAACUUACUGGAUGAUCUUGUAUCAAAUUGCUUACCUCUUGGUCUAACCUAUCCCACAGGGUGGUUAUUGGAAUAAGGAGAAGGAGAGAUAAUCAUAUAUGUCAACAUGAGUUGCUUGAAGGAAGUGCAGAAUAAAUAUAAUAUAACUUACUAAGGGUGCAUUUAUCUUACGUAAUGUUAUUAUCGGUUUUGUGAGGUAAAACUCACAUCUGUACUAUUGGUCCAUUGUUCUAACAUUCAAUGGGUCGUCUCUUCCAGCUGGUGAAUGAAAACUUUGUUCAAAUUCUUAAGAGUGUUUACAUACUUUAAGAUUGGGACCAUUUUAUGGUUAGCAUCCAAAUGGUUCAGUAACAGGUUUAUAUAGGGACCAAGACAUAUUCCAGGAGCCUGGCAUCAUGUUAUCUUAGUCUGAAUGAAGUCUAUUCUGAAAGGUAUAAACAGACUCUUUUGUCUAGGCCAUAAUGAUAACAUAAUGCGUGUGCUGGUGGUGCAGUAUACAAAUCACUUGGAGUGGUUCUGAAAGUGUGGGACCACCACUGAGAAGGCCCUGUUUCUCUUGUGCCUGGCAGUCUCAGGAUGGUGAUGCCAAGGGAUUAGCUUAAUGAAACAGAAUUUAAAAUAUGCAGUAAGGCUUUGUAGGUUGCUAUUUCUCCUGAUUCCCCAGGAAAUAUGAAGAAAUCUAUCCGCCAGAAGUCAAAGAAUUUGUGUAUAUAACCGAUGAUACCUACACUAAAAAACAACUGCUCAAAAUGGAACACCUGCUCCUCAAAGUCCUUGCGUUUGACUUGACUGUUCCAACCAUCAACCAGUUUCUCUUCCAGUAUUUGCAACUUCAUGGUGUCAGCAUCAAGACAGAGAACUUUGCAAGGGUAAGGAUAUGACCUGUAUGGCAAACACUUCAAAGGACACCCAGACCAAGUAAUAAUAAAAAAAUCAUUAGCCUAACUUCCCUGAUCCCAGUGCCCCUCCAGCUGCAUUUUCUCUAGAGAAGGAUAUGUGUCGUAGAAUAAUAGAAUUGUAGAGUUGGAAGGGACUGUGAGGGUGAUCUAGUCCAACCCCCUGCAAUGCAGGAAUCUUUUGACUAAUGUGGGAAUCAAACCCACGACCCUGAGAUUGAGUCUCAUGCUCUACCGACUGAGCUGGUUCAGUUUCAGUCUUCGCCUGCUGCCUCUGUUGUGCCCCUGUCCAGUCUUGCAUCUGUCUGUCUGCAUUUCAGUGGUGACCAGCAUUCUUGACCAUUCUUGACUAUGGGAUAGACUUGAAUCUCUCUUGAUUUCCCUGUGAUUAAAAUGGUGUCCAAUUCUCUUUAGUAUGUAGCAGAGCUGAGUCUCCUUGAAGCUGAUCCAUUCUUGAAGUACCUUCCCUCACAAAUGGCAGCAGCUGCUUACUGUCUUGCAAACUACACCGUGAACAGGCAUUUUUGGGUAAGCCUGACUUUUGAAUAUUAACCAACUCCUUACAGCUUGCCGGCUCCCGGUGUGUUCAAACCCUUCAAAGAAUGAAACUGGAUACAAAAUGGGAAGAUGCCUUGACCCCAGGUUUAGCUGGCUUUCCCUCUUUUUUUAGCAACAAACUUAAAAAAUGGCUGAUGCAGUAGAAAUCCUUCAGUCCGACACAACUACAUUUUUGUCACUCGGGAGGCUAUUAACUCUGCAGAGAGAUGAACUCCGGAGCUUUCUGGGUUAAAAACAAUUAUGGGUUUAGUUGACCUUAAUGCAUCUUUGUUGCUGCCGCUGUUCUACACCUGCUAUCUUAUUAACUUUAUGGGUAUAAAUGAGAUUUUUCACUGGCACCUUCUCUGAUAAUUAUCCCAACAUCUGAUUUGGGAAUGUUGCGAGGUAAAAGAUAUGGCUGGUAUCAAAAAUAAAUUUUUCCCAAGCACUCAUGAAAGCACAACUCUGCAGUGUUUCUUCCUGGGCAGUGCACUUUAGUAUGGGCUGCUUCUCAUGAAAAGAGCCACCACCUCCUGUGUAGGGUGGUGGAAAACCAAGGUUGCAUUGCGUACAAGUGGAGCAUACGGAAGCUGCCUUAUACAGAGUCAGCAAAUUGAUCUGUAUAGCACAGUAUUGCCAACAAUGGCUGCUGGUGGCUCUUCAGAAUUUCAUACCAGAGUCUCUUCUCCCGCACUGCUUGGGACCUUCUGCACCCAAAGCAUGUGAUUUGCCAUGGCCCUUUCCCCUAAAAAAGUGUUCCCCAAGCUUAGGUCUCCAGAUGUUUUUGGACUACAACUCCCAUCAUCCUUAGCUAGCAGGACCAGUCGUCAGAGAAAACAGCUGGAGACCCAAGUUUGGGAAACACUGUCCUGGAAUAAUGGGGUAGGGCGUCUACCUGAUGUGAGUGGAGCAUCUCUGCUGGAUUUUGCUCUGUGCUUGCCUAUUCAAGCAGCCUUUUUCCCUUGUACCCAGCAGCAAUUGGUGAAAAGUUGAAACAAAGCUACUGAGUGAGGUCUCUCCUAAACUUGAUGCUGGCUCAAGGCAGGAGAGUCUCUUUCCAAGCGUAUGUGAUUGUGACACGUUCUUACCUGAAUGGAAUAAUAAAGCUCUAAUCUCCCUUCUUCUGAUCAGCCAGAUACCCUUGCGGCCUUCACUGGCUACUCACUAGGUGAGAUAGUGCCUUGCCUAAGUGACCUGCACAAAGCCUGCCUUGAUGCUCCACACCGACCACAGCAAGCGAUAAGGGAGAAAUACAAGCUGGCUAAGUAAGUUCUUGGGCCAACAACUUCUUUCUGAACACCUCAGCAGCUCUGUAAAAUUGUGACCAGUGGAAAUAACGGCUGUUAGAGGAGGAAGAAAGCUGGGCAGCAUGUGGGAAUAUAAUAGAGAGGUUGCAAAUAAUUCCAAACCAUAGUUUAGCAGUAUUGCAAGGGUGGGAAACUAGCAUUGCACCUGGCCCUUGGCUCAAUUUCAAAAGUCCUCUGUUAGCCCUCUGCUUAUUCCAGGCGGUUGAACCAUCUGUCUCUUGCCCAGUAGCCUACUGGUUAGUGAGGAAGAGGAAGGGCAGGAGGGAGAGAAUAGGGGUCGUAUAAUGAGAGAAAAGAGGUUGCCCUCCCUACCACUAACUUUGACCCUGCGCAGCCCCUGGCAGGUUUGGCCCGAAAGGAGUGCAUCCCUUCAAUGAGAAAGAGGUUGCCCAUGACUCACUGAGGAGGAUGAGCCACUGAUAGCUUUGGGCUCAUGUGCUCCCCUCUCUGCCACUUGCAGAGGAGGAAUUUGGACACUUCCGUUUCCAUUUUAUAUUGACUCCAGCUCUGCCUGCCUCUGAAACCCCUAAACCGUGAUUAAACAUGAACAACGGCUCGUUCGGACAAACCAGCUGCUUAACCUGUGGCAUGAAAUGGCUUGUUGAAACAAGACAACAGCUGGGAUUAUCCACAGUAGUUUGGAUCCGAACAAUCCAUGAAGUUCAAAGUUAAUCCAAAAACAGGAGGGAGAGCUUCCAAACUCACUCUGAAGCAGCCACCGGAGGGAAGAUUAGGCGAUGGGUGAGCCUAAGGCUUGCUGCAUCUCAUCCUCAUAACAUUCUGUCUUAGCAUGACAUGCAGCCCGGCUCAAAAGCGUGGGCAGGAUGUAUAUAAUGAGUGCCACGCACAUGCAAUUUAAACUUUGCACCAAGAACAACUGAUUUUUGUCAGACGCAUGAAGCUUUCGAAACUGUUAAAUGGUAGCUUCCCCUGUGACCACAGGAAAUCUGUUAAGAAUUCCUCUCUGAUAUCUCACUUGAUGUUGCCUAUAUGCUUUCAGGCUUAUUUUCUCCAAGGAUUUUUUUUUUAUAAAAAAUUGGAAAUUGCUUCUCCCCUGAGGAUGCUCCAAGCGAUAACCAAUAAGAACACAGCUGCCGUCAGAAGGGCCAGAGACACAGGCGUGUUUUCUUUUAUAGAAGUAGAGAUUCCUAGGCACUUGCAAAUAGCAAAAUAAACCCCACAGUCAUGGAUGUGACUCUUCUCUUUUUUAACUUAAAUCCAGUGCAGAUUUCCCAAUCAUGAUUACGCAAUCUGCUAAUCUCGAGUACUUGAAGUGCUGCAGAAUUAUCAAUGGGGCGUUUGCUAACUCUUUGUACUGAGUGGUUUCUUCCUUCGCAGGUACAUGCAAGUAUCCCUCCUGGAGCCCCCAGCCAUUCUACCUCUGCUAUGAACUGCAACAGAUGCCAGUAAAUGCACAGAAACUGAAGCACUUGCCUCCUGAUCAAUAGAGUUGAUCUGGCCAAAUUAUUAUGUUUUUAAUAGGGCACUGCAGGUCAUGUGUCUAAUCUUGUUGCUUGAACUAUUUUUAGAGGACCUUUAGUAUAUAGCUGUACUUUAUCACAAGGACUCGGGACUGUAGUUUUACCACAAACUAAAAGCACUUUUAAUAAACAUCUUUUCAUUU